UACAGAUAUCUCAAACAUGGCCGACCCUAUUGUUUUGAUUGCAUGUUACUAAUUGUUAAUAAUUUUUUCUCUUAUAACUAUACUAAUUUAAUAUUUUAUUAAAUCUAAAUUUUUAAUUAAUAUUAGAAAUAAAAGUUAAUGUUUUUUUUUCAUUUGACUAUAAGCUAUAAUGUAAAAUACUGGAGUGUUACCGGCUGCCUUCAACGUCUCAUGACAAUUUGGACUGCUAUAAAAUGGAUAACUCUGGACAUCAUUCGUCGGGUAUUAAAAAACGUUCUAUUGAUGAUAUAAUUAAUAAUAUAACCUCAGAUCUUCAAAGCUAUGAAGGGCGCUACAUGGUUUUGGGAAACCCCAGACAAUCAACUGAUUUUAUGUGGCAACAAGUAAAUAAUUAUGCAAUGCCCCAACAACCUAAUAUUUAUAAUCCUGAACCUAUUAAUAUGACAAAUAAUAAUCAAUAUCUUUUGAAUACUAAUCAGUACAAUCCAUACAUUCAAACUUCACAAACUUCCAUACCUCCUGGCUUUUUAAAUUAUGAUAAUCAAUUAUAUUCACACCAUCACCAUCACUCACAUCAUUUUCAACAACAGCAACAACAACAACCACAACAGAUACAUCCUCCACAACAACAGCAAUUAAAUUAUACUUAUUAUCAACAGUCACAAUAUACAGGACAUCCAGUCUCUUAUCAAACUCCUUCAUAUGGUCUUUUUGAUGCUCCAUGUAAUGAUGCACUAAUUGAGAACUUAGUGCAAAGUUGGAGUCAAACUCAAAAUGGAGGUGUUUUCAGUCCAUUUGGUAACCAAGCAUUUCAAACAUCAAAAGAAAUAGAGAAUUCAACAAUUCAUGAGAGUGAAAAUAUCAUGCAUAACUCUCUACCCUUAAACCAUAAAACAAUAGUCACACCAGUUAAAAAAGUUCGAAUGGUUGCAGAAGUACGCCCCAUGCGACCAAGUUAUUCUGAUGUUUUAGCUAAAUCUCCAGCUAAUGGACCAAUAAAAAAAAUAGCAGCUUGUACACAAGUAGAUAAAUCAAUAGAUAUAAAAAUUACUCACAAAAGUAAAACAACUGUCAAAAAAAAGAAAAAUGCCAAUAAAGUUUCAAAAGAAGAAUGCUGUUUAAAAAGGCAAAAUUCUUCUGCUAGCAGUGAAGAACGCAAUAUAAAUUCUGAAUUUAAAGAAGAUAAGAAAUUUGAAGUGUCAAUUAAUAAUAGUGAUAAAAUAUGGACUUCGUCGGAAGAUUUAAAUGGAUCUGAAUAUUAUGAAGCUGAUGAAAAUGCUUACAAUAAUAUUCAAGUUCCAAAUAUCAAAGAAAAUAGUAGAAAAGAAAAAGUUAAAAUCAAAACUAAAACUACUCCUAAAAAAUCAGGUAAUAGUUUAAAACUUCAUAAAGAAAAUAUUGAUAAAAUAAAAGUAAAAAAAUGUAUUAAAUCACACAAUAUUAAUAAAAAUAUGAAUAAAGAACAAUCAAACAAAAAUUUCAAUGAAUUUAAUCUGAUAAACAAUGAAAAUAGUAUUGAUAAACAAAACGACAAUGAAAAAUUAUCUGCCAAAACAUGUUCAACUCAACCACAACAACAAUCUAGUAAAAAUCAAGGAUCACGCAGUACAGCUACAUUUACUGCAUUACCUUUUAAAGCUAGAUAUCAACGAGGAGUUAAGAAACGGCCCCGUAACUCAGCAAUCAAUACUUUGAUUACUAAACCCUUCAGUUAUUUAAAAGCACAAUUUAUUCAGUAUGCUCCAAUGAUGGUCUUUUGGUUUAUUCAUCUAUUGUGGGAUGUAGUUACUAUGAGUAUUCAUCUAUUAAUUCAUUUGUCAGUGUCAGGAGUUACACAGUUGAUUGAAUCAUGUCAACUUUUUUGGAAUAAUUUCUGUAUUAGUCUUAGUACACCAUUUUCAAGUGCUUCAAAUUGGGCACGUGUGAGAUGGAAAGAUCCUCAAACUGGUAAUACACUUAAUACAAAUAUACCAUUACCAACAACUGGUGAAGAAGCUUUAAAAAGAUUGAUAGCUUGUAAGGGCAAAGAUCCAUACAGUAUUUUGGGUGUAACUUCUGACUCCUCAGAAGAUGAAAUAAAAAAGUAUUAUAAAAGACAAGCUGUUCUUGUUCAUCCUGAUAAAAAUAAUCAAUCAGGAGCUGAAGAAGCAUUUAAAAUUUUAAUUCAUGCCUUUAAUAUGAUUGGAGACCCAGAAAAACGUAAACUAUAUGACAGUGGGAUUGAACAUAUUAAAGAAAAUUAUGAUGAAUUAAAUACAUUGUUGAAGAAUCUUCAUGAAAAGAUGGCGCAAGUUGCUAACACAAUUAGAUGCACAAGCUGUGGAAAAAGACACAAAAGAAAAUUAGUAUCGUGUCGUCCUAUGUAUGCUGCAAGAUUUUGUGCUUUAUGUAAUGUUCACCAUUCUGCUCGUGAUGGUGAUAUUUGGGCAGAAAGUAGUAUGUUUGGCUUGAGGUGGAAAUAUUAUGGUUGUAUGGAGGGUGGUGUGUACAACAUUACUGAUUGGGCCACUUGUCAACAUAGUAGUUUGAAGCAUAUGAGAGCUGAUACACAUUCUGUACAAUAUAGAAUAAUAUUUGGAGGUAAACAACAGACACCUGAACCUACAGUCUCUCCAUCGCCACCUUUACAACCAAGAACUCAAGCACCACCUCCUACUCCAUUAUUUGAUUUUAAUCAACCUCAUUUGGAUGAAUUUUUGAGUUCAUUUUACCAACAUCGUGUACCAGGUUCAACCAAUAAUGGUGAGUUUGGAACAGAUAUUCCUCGUCAACGCACUAAAAAUAAAAGAAAAAAAUAAUUUGUUAAGUUAUUUAUCUAAAAAAAAAUCUAUAGACAUAAACUAAUAAUUUUCUAACAAUAAACUUAUCUUCAAAUUAAUGUAUAAAUUUAUAAUUUUUGUUUUAUCUUUCACUUUAACUUCGUCAAUUUGACUCUUUUCAUAAUAUUUUUCAAAGUAUUCACUUAGAAUCAGAAUAAUUUUCAUUUUUAGUAAUGUAUGAUGUUUUACUGUUUA